CCUCUCUCUCUCUCCUUUUCUGAGCGGAAAGCGGGGGAUUGUUGAAAGUGGAUUAGAACGACUUUUCUAGUUUGCUCUCCCAUCUCAGCUUCCAUUCGGUAGAUGGGAUCUUGCGUUUCGAGGCCGGAGGGCUGCGUUGGAGGCCGACGCCGGCCGGCGGCGGAUGGGCAACGUCGGCAUCGUAGGCGGCGGGUUAUACGGAGAAGGGUUAAGUCCAUGGAGACGAUCCAGGAGUUGGAGGUUGAAGGAACCCUCGUGGACGGACAUAAUCGACUUUGCUAUGCUAGUCCCACUAUCCAAGGAAGCGUAGAGGAUAUAUGGUUUGACUCGAUUACUGUCAUAGAGUCAGACUGUGACGAUGAUUUUCAGAGCGUUCAGGAAGAUGAUUUCUCUUUUAGUGGAUUGGAAGAGGCAGUUUCAGGUUUUCCACCUUCCAAAGAUGCUCAGCAUGGAGAUGGAAAUUUUAAUUUUGUGGUGCCUGUCCUUGGUCAUCAUCAGAAGAGCCUGAUUUCAGGGGAAUCUUUCGUAGGAAAUUCAGAGCAUAGCGGCAAAGUUCAACCUGUUGUCCCUGUGACUAGUUUGAAAAGUUUUGUUAGUCAUGGUGAUGUAUCUAGCCUCUCUGUGGAUGAAGCUUCUCAUAGGGAUGGAGGAGAAGGAAUUUUGGAUAAUUGUGGCAUGUUACAUAAUAAUUGCUUGCCCUUCCUUGUCACCACUCUACCAACUCUUGAAAAGAGAAAAUCGAUUAGUUCUAGUCCACCAAACUCGGCCAAAAAGGCAACACUGAAGCUCUCCUUCAAGCGUAAGUCUGGGGAUGGGCAUCCUUCUGCAUCUGCAUCUUUUACGAAGCCUUUCCUUGAAAGACCACUGGCAGGCUGUCAGGUUCCAUUCUGCCCGCUGGAGAAGAAAAUGUUUGAUUGCUGGUCACAAAUUGACCCUAAUACAUUUAGGGUUCGUGGAAAAAAUUAUUUAAGGGAUAAAAGGAAAGAUUUUGCCCCGAACUUUGCAGCAUAUUAUCCAUUUGGUGUUGAUGUCUUCUUGUCUCAACAAAAAAUAAGUCACAUUAGCCGCUUUGUGGAGCUUCCCAAUGUCAAUCCAUCUGGCAAGUUACCACCUAUCCUUGUAGUCAACGUCCAGAUUCCACUGUAUCCUGCGGCAAUCUUUCAAAGUGAAACUGAUGGGGAAGGAAUAAGCUUUGUCCUAUAUUUUAAGCUCUCUGAGAAGUACCAAGAACUUCCAACCUACUUCCAGGACCACAUUAGAAAGUUAAUUGACGAUGAAGUGGAAAAGGUCAAAGGCUUCCCUAUGGAUACAAUUGCUCCAUUUCGUGAAAGGUUGAAAAUACUUGGUCGAGUAGCCAAUGUUGAGGAUCUUCCACUGAGUGCAGCAGAAAGAAAGCUUAUGAAUGCAUAUAAUGAGAAGCCAGUCCUUUCUCGGCCUCAGCAUGACUUUUACUUGGGAGAAAAUUACCUUGAAAUUGACUUGGAUAUGCAUCGGUUCGGUUACAUCUCAAGGAAAGGAUUUGAAACAUUCUUUGAUAGAUUGAAGUUGUGCGUGUUGGAUGUGGGCUUAACAAUUCAGGGGAACAAACCUGAAGAACUGCCAGAACACCUGCUGUCCUGUAUACGUCUGAGUGGAAUCGACUAUACCAACUACCAUCAGCUUGCAGUCCAUUAAAUUAUUCUCAAGGAACCAAUUCAUUUCUAUCUCCUUAUCCCAGAUUACAAUAUUGACAUCACUUGCAAUAUAAUUAUAUUAUAAAAAUCAUUCUACAUAAGAGGAUUUUCAGGUCGUGUAGAUAGAUAGCUUCAGUUGAUAUGACGGCAUUUUUAGGGCACACAAAUGUUCAGCAGCGAUCACAGUCAUGACAAAGUCCAUCGCACCGUUGCCUGCUUCUGUGGGUUUAAAAAAAAGUAAAGAAAGUCUUUUUAUCUUGUCAAUAACUUUGUUUUUUUCUGUUGCAAUAAGAAGAGGGAAAGAGAAAUGAGGAGGAACAUUUGAUUUUAUUGCUUCUUGUAUUAUGUGAUAUUUAUUCUUCAUUAUAAAUGCAAAUACGCCAUUGUUUGCCUGUGCC